CAUCCUAAAGGAGAUCAGCUGCUCGGCUCUAGCAGUCAGUGUUUGAGUGUGGUGCGAAAAUAAAAUUAGUUAUAAAAUAUUGUAAGUGGCGCGCAGACACGGAGCUCUCUGAUAAUCAAAAAUUUAUAACAAAACGACAGAGUGUGUUACGUGUUGCAUUUUUAUGAGUAACAAAUAAACAAAAAAUACAAAUUUCGGAUUCAUCCGUGUUCCAUUUGGCUAUUUCUGUAUCGGAGAGACAUUCAAGUUUCAUUUUUUUUUCGUUUAAUUUUUUUUUUAUUUGUGUAAAGAUAUAAAUGCCGUAAACGCAAUGACGGAUUGAUAAAACUCAGAUGAACGAUAAAAUGUGAUUAGAAUCAUCAUCCUAUAAGUGCCAACAGCCGAUAAGACUGUAUAAGUGCAAAAAAGACACUUACCACACAGGAAAAUGCACGAUUUGUUUACGAAAGUACUAUCCAAACGAGACUUAUCUAGAGCUGGUGAUCUAUUUUCGGUUGCUGAUUAUGAAAUCGUGAACGAUUUAACGCAAGUGCUUACCGAAAUCGAUUCGAUUAUUUCGCAACCCGACUAUUUGAAAAACAAUAACGAUCAAUCAGUGGUAGAGAUAUGUGUGACUCGAGUGUUAUCCUGCAUACGCGAAACAAAAACGGCCGAACGACACUGCAAUGCUUUGGUCAGCUUACUCAAUACGUGCCUCAAACACAAUUUGCAGCCAUCGUCGAACAAAGAGGAUCCACCGCAUGCUAAAAUUUCGGCUGACAUAAUUUCCAGUUUAUUUUUGAAUUACAAUAAAAAGACGGUCAUGGAAAUAGCACUACCAGUGGCGGUUAAAUUCUUGCGAAAAGGAAAUAAGGAACUGAGCAAAAAUCUGGCCAGCUACUUAUCCCUGGCUGCCAUUGAGUAUGCGUACUUAUUAAGCUCACACAUUCAAGCUAUUUUGGAUUCAAUAUCGGCUGGAAAUUAUGGACUUUGUCGCCUUCUAUCACAAAUUUAUGAAGUGUCUCCGGAACAACUGACGCCUCAUGCAGCUUUGUUAGUUUCUUUACUACCCGUAUGUGAUAUACAAGAGAGAUUAGCGCUACUGCAACUGUUCGCUCUAAUGGUGCAAAACGACUCCAAUGUUCUUGAGACAAGUGUAUCUCAAUUGUGCGAACAUCUAACCAACACAGCUACGGUAUCGACGAUAGCGGCUACGAUGCAAGUACUUCUGAAGCUGACUGAUAAACGGCCGGAACUAGUUUUAGAUCAUUUUGAUAAAAUCAAAAAAGCAACACAGGAAACUCCGUCAACCAUUUCGUUAGCCGCACAAAUUCUAUCGACAGCUGGAAAAGUGAACAAGGAAAAAGCUCAAUUCGCACUUGACUUUGUGCUCGAGCAUCUUCCGCAUGCCGAUCGUACAUCACAAACAGUAUUAUUGCAUGAAGCUACGAUGUUAUGCUCUACUUAUCCAAUUCUGUUUACUGACAAAGUUUUAGCAUGCGUUCGUCAUAGAAAUAAUUUAUUAAGUCAAUCGUCUGCGACAUCAUCACAAAACAGUGAAGUCAAUCAAAUCAAAGGUGGUGUCACAAUAGUCAAACUAAAUUCUCCAUCACAAGAAAUCAGUCCGUCGACGAAUUUAGCACUAACACCCGGUCGCAAUAUUGCGAAAAUGGUGCUGUCCACUGUUACGUUAAAUGGCACAAAUGCAGUGGCGUCCACGUCUAGUCAAAAUACAACCACUAGUGGACACGUCGUUACAAUUAAUACGUCCAGCGUCACAACAACACCAAUUUCAACGGGAACAACAUCUACCGGCAAUGUGACUGCUGCUUCUGUGGUAUCUCCAACAGCUCCGCACACUGGAUACACUAGACGGGCCAAACUGGGUGAUUCCAGAAGCACAGGACGUUUGUAUUCGGCGGGAAACACACACAGAAGUAUGACUCGAUUGAACAUUGUUGCUGGCGGAUCGGUGGGCGGUCUUCACAAAAGUAUGACUCGACUUAGCUCGUCGCAACAAAUUAAUCAAAACGGUGGUUCUAAUGCGGCAAUUGUCAAUAACAAUUUCACUUCCAGUGGAAAUUUUGAAGCAAACGGUGUCAGCACCUCAAAUUACGUAACACCAGUACCGCCACUUAGCAGUAACGUCAUCAUCACAGGCCAUAACAAAUGGGGCAUACCAUCAACCAAAAUUACGUCUGGUGGCGUAACGGUUUUAACUUUAGACACUAAAGAUAACAGACACAACAAGACAACGUCGCCCCGAAUGCGUCCACAUUCACAGGGUCCGUCCACAUUGAUGGGAUCGACGGGUGCACUCGGAAAACUCAGCGGAAAUGCACUGAAUCAGUCAACCGGAUCGAUUGGGCUACAACAGAAUGCCAUAUCGGUGCAUCAUGCAUCACCUGCGUCGCCAACAUUUCCAACAAAUCAGAAGUCCGUAAUGACAUUGCCGAUCAAUUCCACUUUGAGUUCCGCAUCCAAUAAUAAUCACGAGGUUAGUGUAUCGGGUCCAAUGACGAUAACAUCGAGACGAACGGAUAACACGAGUGUUACCCUUAUCAAUGCCAAUACCAGCAUAAUCAAUCAGCGAAUGAGUACGUUCGAACCAUAUCAAAUUAUGCGCGACACCGUGCAACAGUUCUGCGAGAAACAUUUCACUUCCAUUAAGGUCUACAUGGACAAAUUAUCGCAAAGACUUCCACCACCAUUGAAAUGUGGCAUCGAAGAGAGACGAACAAAAAAGGUGGUAAAACUACAUUUUGCUUGUCAGAUUCGUGGUCCGCACUGUUUAUACUCAAAAACUUGUUUUACAAUGCGAACAAGGAAUCCAAAGACUUGGAUUCAUUUAAUGUUUUUGGAUUUUCAAAUUAGGAACUACGUCAAAGACAGUUGUGCAUUGAGUUCACGGGAGCCAGGUAUUAGUAACCUGAAAAAUAUGUGGAAUAUGAUAAAAACGGAAAACAAAAGUUUCACCGAAUUGGUCACAAGUAAUUUUCCAUCGGUUAAAGAACAGGAAGCUCUUGUAAACGAGUUACGGCACUCGGGAUUCCUGGAUGUGUUUGAAGUUAGCAAAACCGAUCGCUUGUUGCCGAAUGCCAACGAACUCGAAUAUCAAUGGGGAUGCUUUUUGUGCAAUCAUCCCGAAAAAGCAGUUGGAUUUUUACAUGGUACGGGACAGCCAAUGAUUGAAGGCCAACUGAAAGAGAAAAAAGGGAAAUGGCGUCUGUUUCGUCGAUGGCGAACGAGAUAUUUUACUCUAUCUGGUGCUCAUCUGUCGUGCAAGGGAUCGAGCGGCGGCGAAAGUAUCGACGUCAAUCAGAUACGUUCAGUUAAAGUUUCUCGUGGUGCCCGAAACAUUCCUAAAGCCUUUGAAAUAUUCACUGGCGAUCAAACGUUGAUUUUGAAGCCUAAAGAUGGGAAAAAUGCAGAAGAAUGGGUUCAGUGCUUAAGCAUCGUUGUUGCUCAUUCACAGGCACGUGAUAAUCCUACGGCUAAAACUGCAAGUCUUCCAGCUCGUGGAUUGGGUAACAGUCGUACCGCUUUCUAAAUUAUGUAGAUUUUACACUUAAAAAGAAUUGAAUGCCAAACGUUAUUAUUAAACAGUUGCUUUACAAUUGAACAA